AUGAUUGAUCAAUUUGUGGUUUUCACACCCUCUGGGCAAGUGCUGUACAACUUCAGCUCUCAGUCAAAGCGUUUCGCUGAGGUACAAGUGAACAAAGUAGUGUCUCAAUUGAUCACGAAUGGGGCCAGAAAAGAUGAAGGGAGCCAUAAAUAUACUACAUUGAAAUUUGACCAGUUUGCUGGAAUGUGCAGUAUAAGAAAUAGUCCUGCUAUUGUGUUUCUUUCAAUCUACGCGGCCCAAGAUAUUGAGCAAACUCGCGAAGCUGAGCAGAUUCUUGAUCUCGGAACGAAAUUAUGGGAUUCCUUGGGACUGAACCAGGCUGUGGAACAAAAUACUAGCAAGCAAAGAGCUCACAAGAACCAGCACAACUUUACGUGGAUUCUACAAAACUGUGAUGUACAAAUUGCCAAAUUCGACGAAUACUUCAAGGUGAAGAUCGAUGCCAUAAAAGCGGGGAAACCAAAGGGUAAAGAGGUGCGGACCAAGUCAGGCCCACAGCUUGCAAAGUCAGCAAAAAAUUCGUCUGCCAACGGUAAAUCCCGGAAGUGGGGCCGUGAUGGUAUAAUGGAAGAUAACUCCACUCCUGGAGACAUGUCAUCGCUUGAUUUCUCCACAGAGGGGACACCAGAACUUACCCCCAGCAACGUUAUUAAGGUGGACAAGGAUGCAUUUGGAACCAGGACAGACAAAGGUGAGUUCCUCAUCAAAGAGAUUGACGAACUUCUGAGCAAAAACAAAGGUGUGUCCGCUAAGAAAGCCAAUUCUAGUACUGGGGCAUUUGCUUUUUUGCAAAAACAUCUACUUGGUAACAAAUCAAUUGUUCAAGACGAUCUGACAACCAUUUUACAAAAGCUAAAACAGCAAUUGAUCGCCAAAAAUGUGGCACCUGAAGCAGCCGAUCAUCUUGCGUCGAGGGUCUCUCAAAACUUGAUCGGAACUACUACAGCGAAUUGGACUAGCGUUGAAAACACAGCCAGGGAAUCACUGCAGCAAGCUUUGACAGAGAUUCUAACGCCAGGUGUGUCUGUUGAUCUUCUUCGUGAAAUUCAACAAAAGACUUGGUCGUCGGGUAAAAAGACACCGUACGUUUUCUCAGUGGUAGGCGUAAAUGGAGUCGGGAAAUCCACCAACCUUUCAAAAUUGGCCUUUUGGCUACUGCAAAACAAUUUCAGAGUGUUGAUUGUUGCUUGUGACACAUUCAGAUCUGGUGCCGUUGAGCAGCUGCGUGUACAUGUUGAGAACUUAGCCCAACUGACGGACGAAUCCCACACCCGUGGUUCUAGAAAUAGACGGGGAAAAACAGGAAAUGACUUUGUGGAACUUUUCGAAGCUGGAUAUGGGGGCUCUGACUUGGUCACUAAAAUUGCAAAGCAAGCCAUCAAGUAUGCCAGUGAUCAAAGUUUUGACAUCGUGCUUAUGGACACAGCUGGAAGGAGACACAAUGACCCAACUCUCAUGUCACCGCUCAAACCGUUUGCUGAUCAGGCCAAACCCGACAAGAUUAUUAUGGUUGGCGAAGCACUAGUGGGAACGGACUCAGUUCAGCAGGCUCAAAAUUUCAAUGCUGCCUUCGGCAAGGAAAGAAAUCUGGAUUUCUUUAUCAUUUCCAAGUGUGAUACAGUUGGUGAAAUGCUAGGAACGAUGGUUAAUAUGGUUUAUGCUACCGGAAUUCCCAUACUUUUCAUAGGUGUUGGCCAGACGUAUACGGACCUGAGAACGCUGAGCGUUGAAUGGGCUGUUGAUACUUUGAUGUCAUGA